AUGACUGAUAAAAUACCGUACCAAUUGCUUGAUGUUGAUUCAGAAGAUGAUGAAUUAACAAUUCGUCUGGCUUAUCGUGAUAAAAUCUUUUUAUAUAAUAAAAAGUCAAUAGCCAAAAAAGAGUUUAUUUUAAUUAAUCGUGCCUACGAAACUCUAUCCGAUUAUGAUAAACGCAAACAUUACAAUAAUACAAAACAAUGGACAAAAGAUCUCAUGCCCAAAGAUUACACUCUUCAGCAAUUGGCCGUUGAAGAUUUGCAAUUAUUGAAAAUUAAACUACAAGAUGCCACUAUCAGAGAAGUCAAUGCUCAAGAUCCCAUUACUGGUCACACACCAUUAUAUUGUGCAGCGAGAAUCGGACAUUUAGAAGCGUGUAAAUUUCUUGUUGAAAAUGGUGCUGAACCGGAUCUUUGUCAACGAACAAAAAGUACGGCAUUGCACGCCGCCUCGUUCUUUGGUCAUCCAAAUGUUGUAAAAUAUUUACUUCAAAGUGGAGCGAGUUAUAAUGUUAAAAAUAAUUUUAAUAAUAUUCCAAAAAAUGAAACAGAUAGCCAACAAAUUGUGAAUUUAUUCACAGAAUUGGAAGAAGAUCCAUUUGUGCAAGCAUUCGCUGGAAAUUUAGAUUAUUUCAAAAACGACUAUGUCAAAUUAGAACGUCAUAUUGAUGAACAAAAUCAUCUACGUCAAACUCUAUUGAAUUGUGCAAGUAAAAAAGGUUAUUUAGAACUCGUACAAUGGCUCGUUGAUAAUGAUGCAAAUUUAGACAUUGUUGAUAAACAUUUAAAUUCACCAUUACACGUUGCAGCGUCUAAUGGACAUAGAAAAGUUGUUGAAUAUCUAUUAAAUAAAGGUGCAAAUCCAAACUUAUAUAAUAAGUGGGCAGCAACUGCCGAAGAUGAAGCAACCAAUCAUCCAGAUAUUAUUCAAUUAUUUAAAGAAAUGAAAGAAAAAAAUUCAUUUGAAAUGGCCGGGAGAGGGAAACAUGACAUGGUUUCAAUAUUAUUUUCAGAAAAAGUGUAUUAA